UAAUUUGUUUCUGAGUUCUCCUUUUUUCUUCGUUCUUCCUUCUACCCCUCAAUCUAAACCCUAGAUCGAGAUUUCGCGACCAUGGCAAAGAAUAGGGGCAAAAACAAGUUCGUUGUUGGCUCCUCUAGUGAGAGAGAGAACGUGCCUUCGGGGAGGUUACCGAAAUCUUCGAGGGGUCGACCUUCGGAGAGGCCGUUGGAGAAGAGUUCGAUUGGUUGGGAUGCUUCCGAAGAUGAACGUGCAACCUCUGGUGAGAGAGCUGGUUUUUCGGGUGUUCGUCGUCGUUACUCCGAGUUUCCAGUUCAUUGGUCGGAAGCUGAUCCGAAGGGCAAGUAUGCCUCAAUUUUGCAUGAGACCACGCAGAUCGACGGUCCGUUGGAGAAAUCGGUCAGCGGUGACUGGUUGGUGGAAGCGAAGUUAGGGAAUUAUCAUCGGAAGGCCGAGGAGCUAUACGGAAUUCAGCAUGCCUUGGGGUACUGGUGCGAGCUUCCUGAACAAGAGCGUCCUCGGGUGACUCAUCCACCGAGGGGGUUCAUUUCCGUGUAUACUCACCAUUUGGAGAAUGGUCUCCGCUUUCCUUUGGAUCCGUUCGUAUCCGAGGUUUUGGUGUCGUACAACAUUAGUUUGGCCCAGCUCACACCCAAAUCUAUGAGGCACAUAAUCGGAUUUAGAUGGGUGUGUGACUUCGUCAAUUUCCCUUGCUCUGUCGCUAUUUUUCGGGAUCUUCACGAUCUGGUUCUCAACCAUGCUUCCAAGGGUGAUGGGUAUGGUUGGUGGACCAUUGUCAACAAGAAGUCCCGAAAGAGGGGGGAUCCGAACUACAUCACGGCGUACCCCUACCUUAGCUCUGACCACAAUUGGAAGACGGAGUGGUUGCUCGUCCGUGUGCCGACGGAUCCGAAGCAUCCCAACUUUUAUCGUCCUCCGAAGUGGUUCGUGGCUCCUGAUCCUGAUAUGAGGGGUGUGGCGGCUCCAGAUCGGAACCAUCGCCACUAUGUGGACCUCCUCCAGUGGUUCUUGGCUCAAGAGGAUAACCACCGACUGCCGUCUAGCUGGCUCCCGAAUCUCAAUUACAUUCUGAGGGAGGACAUUCUUGCUGUUGCCGGUCUCAGCAGGAUUUUUGACAGGGAGUACGGCUUUAGCUGCAUUGAUCCUAAGAAGUUGGGCAUUUCUUUGGAUUUGAAGACUAUUCACGACCCGGCUCCCGAGUACAAGUUCGGAAAAGAUAACCCUCGUAAUCCUCGUCUGAAGGAUUACGUGUUGUCUCCUUUGGGGGUUGCUCGGAUAUCCGAAGUUCGAGCUGAUCCGUGGGAUUCCGCCUCUUCUGUUGAAGCUGUUCCUGUGAAGGUUGUGCUUCCUGAGUUGAAGACGACUUCGGAUCCGGAUCAACGCAAAAGGAAGGGUAGCACUCUUUUGAGGCCUUCCACGCAUCCGAAGAAAGCGAAGGCUUCUCAGCCCUCGGAGAAGGAAGCAGUUUCGGAAGUCAUGCCUCCUCCUAAGAAUCUUCUUCACUUCAUGCCCUUGCCCGGGCAGAAGUUAAAGAGUGUGGUGGUUGCUGAACCGCCGGCCGUGGAUCAGCCGCUGAUCGAGGAAGAUAUCAUCCCUUCUCCCCUUAAACCAUCUGCUGCUUUGGGGAUCGAAAUCCAGGAUAUCACCGAGGUGAUGGAGGCGAUUGAAGCCGAUUUUGUUCCUGGUUCGGAUGUCCCUGAGGUAGCUGGGGAGAAGAAGGAGUCUGCUGAUCUUCCCUUCGAGAGGGAGAAGAGUCCAGACAAGGAGAUGAUAGAUCUCUCGGGCCCCGAAGCUGCGGUCCCCGAGGUUCAGAAGGAGGUUCCCUCUGCUGGAGAGGAGGAGCAGCCCGAGCAAGGUUUGACGAGGAAGAGGCGCCACUCAACUUUGGGUUCUACUUCUACCUCGGCCCUGGAUAGGCUGAUCCAUGCUGAUCCCUGUUCGGAUGUUCCGCUAAAACGGAUCCCCGAAGAAGUAAGGGAGGCGAUGGCUCGAUAUGCCAGGGCUCCGAUUUUGGGAGAGGACCCUUUGGCUCACGUGGGAUCCUUGGUGGGCCCCGAGGCUGCUCGGGAGAAUCUGCUUCGUGCUAACCCGCAGUGGAGGGUUCCUGGGGCCGAAGAGAGGAAUCCGGCAAUGAUGGCCCAGUACUAUCUGAACGAGGCUGUUUUCUGGUCUUCGUUCGCUUCCGAGUGUAGCUCGGUUGAGGAGAAACAACUGAGGAAAUAUCGUGAGGCUUAUGCUCGUGAUAUUCCCAUUUUGGACCAGAAGGCUGGGCAACUCCUCUCCGAGCUUACGGAACUCAAGCAGCUGUACCUUCACUAUAGUCGCGAGGCUAGAGAGUCUGCUGAGAAGAUCGGGACCGAGGUUGGCCAGCUCAUCUUCCGAGUUGAAGAGGAUGCUGAGAAGAUCGCUUCCUUUGCUGAGGAGAAGAAGGAUAUGGCCGCUAAGUUCGCUAGCGAACUUGAGGAAAAAGAUAGACUCUUCCAGGAGAUGAAGUCUAAAUUUGAAGCGGCCGACAAGGAGCGUAAAGAGGCGGAGUUAAGGCUCCACCAUUUUGUCCAGCAUCGGGAGCUGAUCCAGCAGCAAGCUGAUAAGGUGCCUGUCCUUCGGCUGAAGCUUCGGGAAAAAGAUGACUAUAUUCGGAAGCUGGAGCAGGAGCGAGUCAACCUCUACACUGCUGAUCAGUGUAGAGAGCAGUACUGGAACGGCAUCCUGGGUGCUCGGCGCAUGUUUGCGAAGCACAUGCCUCACUUCCCUUGGAACGAGAAAGUUCCUCUAUGGAUGCAGGCCGAGGACCACUUGGUGGAAUGCCAAGCUGAUCGAGAUGAAGCUGAAGCUGAACGCCAAGCUGCUCUUGCAGAGGCUCGGGCCCAGAAGGCAACUUCCGAAGGUGAUACCACUGCUGGGGGUUCUUCGAAGGAUGCUCCCCUAGGGGCCGCUUCUGAGACUCCCAAGAGUUAGGGAUUCGGGCAGUCGUCUUCUUCAGAGUCGGUCGGUUCCAGUUGAGGACUUCCGAAUAUGUGCUUGCUUUUCCCCCUUUUGCCUCGGCGCUGCGUUGUACUCAUUUCUUUUUGUUUUCUUUAGUACUUCGGUAGGCCGGUAUUGUCUGUUGAUGGCUGCCGAUUUUAACUUGUUUCAUUUUGUUUUCAAUUUUUGAGGUUUUCGAUGUGUUUGUACUUCCCCCAAAUAUUGAAUAAAAAAUGAAUGUUUGUUACUUGGCUGCUUCUUUUCAACUUGUUCUUUCGCAAUUUUUAGGUCUUUAAAUCCGUAGAUUUCUCGAGCUCCUCUUUCUGUAGACUUGCUAAAAACCUUUUGAUCUUGCGAGCUCUUUAAAUCCGUAGAUCUGCUAAGAGACUCUUUAGUUUUGCGAGUUCUUCAAAUCCGUAGAUCUGCUAAGAGACUCUUUGACUUUGUGAGUUCUUCAAAUCCGUAGAUCUGCUAAGAGACUCUUUAGUUU